AUGAGCCCCCUUGGGUGGGGGCUUCUGCUAGGCUGCCUGGGCUGUGCACUCCCGCCGGGGGCCCGGGCGCAGUUCCCCCGCGUCUGCAUGACGGUGGGCAGCCUGCGGGCCAAGGAGUGCUGCCCACCGCUGGGUGCCGACCCCGCCAACGUCUGCGGCUCCCGGGAAGGCAGGGGCCAGUGCGCGGAGGUGCAGACCGAUACCAGGCCCUGGAGCGGUCCUUACGUCCUGCGCAACCUGGACGACCGAGAGCGAUGGCCCCGGAAGUUCUUCGACCGGAUCUGCAGGUGCACAGGAAACUUCGCCGGCUAUAACUGUGGAGACUGCAGGUUUGGCUGGACCGGCCCCAAAUGCGAUCAGAAGAAACCAUUGGUUGUCCGGCAAGAUGUCCAUUCCUUGACCCCUCAAGAGAGGGAGCAAUUCUUGGGCGCCUUAGACCUCGCAAAGUACACUCCGCACCCCGACUACGUGAUCACCACGCAACACUGGCUGGGACUCCUGGGGCCCAAUGGGACCCAACCACAGAUCACCAACUGCAGCAUUUAUGAUUUCUUUGUGUGGCUCCACUAUUACUCUGUCAGAGAUACAUUAUUAGGACCAGGGCGCCCAUACAAGGCUAUAGAUUUCUCACACCAAGGACCUGCCUUUGUUACCUGGCACAGGUACCACUUGUUAUGGCUGGAAAGGGAUCUCCAGCGCCUUACUGGCAACGAGUCCUUCGCUUUGCCCUACUGGAAUUUUGCCACAGGCAGGAACGAGUGUGACGUGUGCACAGACCAGCUCUUCGGGGCAGCAAGGCAAGACGAGCCGACUCUGAUUAGUCAGAACUCCCGAUUCUCCAGCUGGGAGAUUGUCUGUGAUAGCUUGAAUGACUACAACCGCCGAGUCACCCUGUGUAAUGGAACCUAUGAAGGUUUGUUGAAAAGAAAUCAAAUGGGAAGAAACAGUGAGAAAUUGCCAACUUUAAAAGACAUACAAAAUUGCCUGUCUCUCAAGAAGUUUGACAAUCCUCCUUUCUACCGGAACUCUACCCUCAGCUUCAGGAAUGCCCUGGAAGGGUUUGACAAAGCAGAUGGGACCCUGGACUCUCAAGUGAUGAGUUUUCAUAAUUUGGUUCAUUCCUUCCUGAACGGGACAAGUGCUUUGCCACAUUCUGCUGCCAAUGAUCCUGUUUUUGUGGUCCUUCAUUCCUUCACCGAUGCCAUUUUUGACGAGUGGAUGAAAAGAUUCAAUCCCCCUGCAGAUGCCUGGCCUCAGGAGCUGGCACCCAUUGGUCACAAUCGGAUGUAUAACAUGGUUCCUUUCUUCCCUCCAGUUACUAAUGAGGAACUCUUUUUAACCGCAGACCAACUUGGCUACAGUUAUGCCAUUGAUCUGCCAGUUGCAGAAACUGCAGACUGGACCACAGUGCUCUCAGUGGUUACAGGGAUGCUUGUGGUUUUGGUUGUCCUUUUUGCACUGCUGCUUUUCCUUCAAUAUAGAAGACUUCGAAAAGGAUAUACACCCUUAAUGGAGACACAGCUAAGCAACAAAAGAUACACCGAAGAAGCCUAG